AUGGGAGUCAAGGGGUCCUCCUUCCCCAGCUCUGCCUGCGGGAACAGCAGCCAUUUCCUACUUGGCAUCACGGCCACCUACAGACCUCUGGGGAAGCCCAAGGUCAUUAAAAAGAGGACCAAGAAGUUCCAGCACCAGUCAGACAGAUAUGCCAAAAUUAAGUGGGACCGGCAGAAACCCAGAAGCACUGACAAUAGGGAGCACAGAAGAUUCAAGGGCCAGAUCUUGAUGCCCAACGUUGGUUACAGGAACAGCCAAAAACCAAAACACAUGGUGCCCAGUGGCUUCUGGAAGUUCCUCAUCCACAGUGUCAAGGAGCUUGAAGUGCUACUGACGUGCAACAAAUCUCACUGUGUGGAGAUUGCUCACAGCGUCUCCUUCAAGAACCACAAAGCCAUUGUGGAAAGAGAAGUCCAGCUGGCCAUCAGAGUCACCAGUCCUGUUGCCAGGCUGUGCAGCGAAGAAAAUGAAUAG